AUGGCGUACCAUGUAGCGCAGCGGCCGCAGUCGGCGCGGCCGCACGUGCCGACGCGGCCCUUGCCCAAGGCGGCGAGCGGGCACAUGACGCUCGCGACGUUUCGGUUUGCGCCCGACUCGGACGAGCUCGAGCGCACGCCGGAGCUGAUCAACGUCCAGAGCAACGUCCAUACGCUGCUGAGUCUCAUGGCCGACGACUCCAACAUGGGCCUGCACCAGCCGACGCGCGUAUUGCAGGCGUCUCGCUUCCGCACGCAUCUGCCGAGCACGGUGCUCGUGGGGCCGCACUGCGAUCUGUACGCGUGGUAUAUGACGUCCAAGGACGGCCACGUCGUUCGGAAGCACAAGUCCAACUGCAACUGGAAGAGUGUGCUCCAAGCCUUCUGCGGACACAUGAACAAAGGGUUCUCGCCGCUGAGCCACCGAGGCGCGCGGACGGCGUGCCGCGACCAUUGGCCCGUCGCCGUGGCCAAGUUUGUCGACGGGCGCACGCGGCUCCUCUCGGGCGCAGCGCUCAUCGCGCUCGUGAAAGGACUCGAAGCGAGCGCGCCGGGCGACACGGACUUUGCGACGCUUCCGUUUUGCUUGACGCAGUUUGUGCCACCGGCCAAGCGCGUGCGCUACCUCAGCGUCUACACUGUGGUUGAGGGCGCGGGCGACUGCCACGUCGUUGUCGCCGAGCUACCUCCGUUCUACCGAGAACAAGUGCAUAGCGACUUGCCCGUGACGGAUGGCAACAUCAACACGGACCCGAUCCAAGUCGUCCAACACGGUGCGUCGCCUCGUCGUCUCCUCUUUCCUGCCGCAUGCAACGAGGUAGAAAGCAGUAUGUUGCUCGGCGAGGCAAUCCAGAAGGAGACGACGCUCUUGGCGCGUCAUAUCAACCGCCACAACGCCGCCACGGGCACGCCGGUUGUGCACCAGCUCAUUCUCGAGUACAUGGUGCAUGCCAAGGACGGCGAGGUCUACCUGACAUCGAUCCUCGGUGUGAGCUGGCAAAACGGCGAGCAAGUGCACUUGGUGGACGCUGUCACAAACAACGUGGAGCUACUAGACCCGAGUGGACCCGCGCCUCCGACGGCGGCGGUCGCGCGGCAGAUUUUCAAGUUUUCAAGAAGCUUGAAAGGCUCCCAAGCCCGAUGCGAGGUGGCGGAGCGGCAGGUCUUGCACUACAUGAGCGAAGCGGAGAAGGCAAAAGCGCAGGUGUCUGUACUCCACGACCACUUGCAGCGCACGUCCGACCAGCUGCAAGUGGCAUGCGAGGCGACGCCGUACAAGAUGCGCAUCGAAGCCCUCGAGACGGCGCUUCGCAAAGCAAAUCAGCGCGUCGAGACGCUCGAGGAGCAGCUCCAAGGCGAGCGGCAAACGCGGGUCGAGAGUGCGACCCUCCUCACGAACGAGCGCAACACGUUUUGUGUGGCGCUGCAGCAAGCGCAAGCCAAGAUCGAGACGCUCACAAAAGACCUCGAGCUGGCGACGUCGACCGAGGCCAGUGCUAGUCGGUCGCUGAGCGCAGAAACCACGGCCCAUGCGCGGACCCAGCAGCUGCUAGCAGGUCUGGAAGCCCUUCUCGCACAGCAAAAGGACAUCCACGCCACUCACGUCGCCAAGAUUCGAACGCUCGAAGACGACUUGACAAAGACGACCGAAGACCGCGACCACCUCCAGCGCCUCGUGCCCUACGCCAAUAUCAAAAAGACGGCGUAUUGCAAGCGACUUCACUUGCACGAUCUCUACUUGGGCUGGCCCGACUGGCAGCUGCAAGUCGAGUGCCUCGACCGCGUCGUCUCGAUGCACGUGCUCACGCUCCAGAAGACCUUUGACCACUUUCAGCCGAUGAAGCUGCCGGUCCUUCUCGAGUCGACGUCAAUUACACGCACGUAUCCGCUGAUCCACCACCGGCUCAACUUUGCCCAGCUCUGCGAGUGCAUGCGUCUCUGCGGCGUUCUCACGACCCGGUUCACGACGGCGGUGCUGGAAACCGUGUUUCUCAAGUGCACGGAAAAGUCGUUUGCAAAACAGACGAAAGGCCCCACGACCGCUGGCGUCGGCCGACCCCGGGGCAUGUCGUUUAUGGAGUUCAUCGAGUGCGUUGUGCGCGUCGCGAUGCUCAAAUGCAAGGCCUCUCACAUGGCCGCCGAGGCGGUUCAAAGCUUCAUGGACACGCACUUGCUACCCGCCGAGCAAAAGUGGUGACGAGCUUCAUACUUCGAGUUCAAGAGUUGAGCUCGCCGUGUCGAUGCGACGUGCUUGAAAGCAAUUUGAACGCGUUUAACGAUUGCA